AUGGGCCACUUCUUACACCUUCCUUCUGGAAUGGCUUACAACGGAAUGAAGCCCACCAUUGAUGAAUUACAAAACUCCGCCACUGCCACCGAAAAAUUUCCCACUCUCGAUAAAUGGCACAAACGAGGCUGCAUCGUCGGCCGCGGCGUACUAAUCGACUACAAAUCCUACGCCGACCACCACGACAUCAAAUACUCCCCCUUUAGCGGCCACCGCAUCAGCCCUUCCGACAUCGAGACCGUAGCCGCAUGGCAAGGCAUAAAAUUCGAAUCCGGUGACAUCCUGAUCCUCCGAUUCGGGGUCACCGAGGAACUUGGCAACAUGACCGCCGAAGAACAAGCCAACGCCAUGUCUAGCCACCAUGCAUGCGGUCUGGAAGGUACCAAAGAGAUGGCCCGGUGGAUUUGGAACAAGCAUUUCGCUGCAGUGGCCAGCGAUAAUGUUGCAGUUGAAGCUAUGCCGCCGAUGGUUGAUGGUGAAGAGAAACCGUUGACUCAAUUGGUUUUGCAUCAGUGGUGUUUGAGUAUGUUUGGUCUUCCGCUUGGGGAGCUGUGGUAUCUUCAGGAGUUGGCUGAGCAGUGCUCGGCUGAUCGAAAGUGGUCUUUUCUGUUGACUUCAGCUCCGUUGAAUGUGCCGGGGGCAGUAGGUAGUCCAGCUAAUGCAUUGGCUAUUCUUUGA